AUUGGUUCCGAUACGCUAUCGACGUCAGGCUGCAACUGCCAAUUCUGUGAGCAGUAAUGCUAGCGAUGACAAUUUACAAUACUGAUAAGAUCGCAAGGUUCCUUGAUAAAUAUAAUAACAAGGUAAUGAUAGAAUUGAAUAAUUAAAUCGGUAUUGUAAGGUAAUCUUAGUGGUCCUACUGAUAAAAUACGUUAGAUUGUUAAUCGCUCAGUGUGUAUGCGCACCUAAUCAGAGUUUGUCUUUAGUUGUGUUAAAAUAUGGAACAGUGUGUUUGGUUACAAAUACAGUAGUUUUUUUUAAAAUGGUGUUGUGUCCGCCAUUCAGGUGGUCCAAGAAAGGCAGAAUCAAUAUAACUAAACCAGUGGCCAAUCCAGCUGGUAGAUCCUCAGGUCAAUCGACAGAUACCAGAAGUCGGAACCAUGAACCACAAAAAGAAAAUCCACACAAUGAUGUUAGUAGAAAAUCGAGUAAAAAGCCAAGUCUUCUAAGUAAACAAUCAAAUCAAAGUUUAGAUUCGGAAAAUGAAAUACACAGUAAUCGUAGUAGCCACAACAUGGCUCGAAAGACUAUAGCGCAAAUAGUACAUGAAAACCCCGAUAUGCAGCACCGACAGAAACGCGAGGCAAUUCCGCCCCCUAUGCACGUUGACAUUUCUGAUCUGCAGUAUGAUAAAUAUGAUAAAGACGAACGGUCAGUCGAGUUGAUCAAAAAAGCAAUAAUGGAAAAUGACUUUUUGAAAAAUUUAAUGGACGAUGUACGUCUUAAUAUGGUAACAGAAGCAAUGAGUCCACAGGAAUUCUCUGGUGGUAAUUUAAUAAUUCGCGAAGGGGAGAGUGGAACUCAUCUGUUUGUGUCGGCUAAUGGGCAAUUCGAAGUAUUAAAAACCGGACAAGUUGUGAAAACAUUUGAAGCAGGUGUGGCGUUCGGUGAACUAGCCAUAUUAUACAGAGCUAAACGCUUCGCUUCAAUUCGAUGUAUUACUCAAGCGCAAGUAUGGACUUUAGAACGACGAAUAUUUCAAAAGAUUAUGGUCCGCAGUGGACGACAAGAACAGGAUGACAACAUCCGUUUUCUGUCAUCCGUACCGUUCCUACAAGGUAUCCAAAAUGAAGAGCUUGUAAAAAUUUCGGAGUGUCUAAAACGGGAAUUCUUUUCGGCGGGCACAGUAGUAGUGAGACAAGGAGACUAUGGUGACAAGUUUUACAUAAUCCGCGGUGGCAUCGUAACUGUAACAAAGCGUGAAAAUGACGGUAGUGAAAAACGUGUCGGGACCCUCUUCCGAGGUGACUAUUUCGGCGAACAGGCGUUGCUGCAUCAAGACCGACGUCUGGCUACUGUAACUGCAUUGCCUCCAGGCGUUGAAUGUCUAACACUCGAUCGAUUACAAUUCAAUGAGCUGUUGGGUGGUUUAGAUAAACUUAAAAAUAAAUCAAUUACAAAAGAACCGGAUGGUAGCGGUGUACAGCCUCAAAUUAAUACAGGUAGAGAACACCAAAACGUUGAGUUGAAUGACCUGGAAAUUUUGGGAACAUUAGGUGUUGGUGGAUUCGGUCGUGUGGAGUUGGUCCAAUAUAAACCUCAGCCAUCGACCACUUUUGCGCUCAAAUGCCUUAAGAAAAUCGAUAUGGUUCAAUUGCAUCAACAAGAAAACGCUUACAAUGAGAAACAUAUCAUGAUGUCAUGCAACAGCCCUUUCAUUUGCAAACUGUACCGAACGUUCAAGGAUACUAAAUACAUCUACUUCUUGAUGGAGCCCGUAUUGGGCGGUGACGUGUGGACGAUUCUUCAAAAACGGGGGUACUUCCCAGAAAACGUAGCGCGGUUCAUGAUGGCCUGUGUCGUGGAGGCCUUUCAUUACUUGCAUUCUAAAGAUAUCAUAUACCGAGAUCUUAAGCCAGAGAAUUUAAUGAUGGACAAAAAUGGAUACAUCAAAUUGGUCGAUUUUGGAUUUGCUAAACAAGUAACAUCAAAUAAUAAAACGUGGACUUUUGCUGGUACGCCUGAAUAUGUUGCACCAGAAAUAGUAUUAAAUAAGGGCCAUGACCGCGCAGUGGACUGCUGGGCAUUGGGUGUUUUAGUUCACGAAUUGUUAGUGGGUAGACCACCGUUCCGGGCACCAGGCGGUGACCACAUGAAGACGUACAAUCUUAUAUUGAGAGGAAUAGAUGCUGUGGCAUUUCACCCACGCAUCCCUAACUCAGCCAAACAGCUUAUACGUAAACUGUGUCGCCCUGUGCCUGCCGAACGACUUGGUUAUCUGAAGAAUGGUAUAGCUGAUAUAAAAAGUCACAAGUGGUUCCUUGGGUUUGAUUGGGAAGCUCUCCGACAGAUGAAGCUAAAGCCAGCAUUGAUCCAACCUGUAGCCAGUAACUCGGAUUUAAAGAACUUCGAAAAAUACCCUAAAGACAAACUACCGCCCGAUGAAAAUUCUGGUUGGGAUAUAAACUUCUAAUAAAGAAACAAAUAUAUAUUUAAUAGAAUAUAUGGAAAAUGGUUGUUGUCAAGACAACUCUUCCACUUAUCUUACACUGCAGUGUCUGCAGUAUUUUGAUUCGUAUUGAUACAUGCAAUAUUAAUUUUAACUUAGCAGUAUUUUUGUGAUUUUACUGUACACUCAUAUAACCUAACAAUUACAAAUAUAUUUGUUAUGUAAAUUAUUAAAUAAAUAACAUGUUAGAGAAAGUUUAA